AUGAUUAUUUCGUUUGCGUUAAGUUUUUCUUUCUUUUUAAAUGUUAUUUCCUAUCAAAUAAGUUUAGCCGAGGCUUUAAAUAAAAAUGGAACGAUUAUUACUAAAAACCAUACGGAGAAAUUUGUGAAGGAUUAUAAAAUAUCAGGAAAAGUAAUGUAUGAGAGGGACGAAUCGAAAGAUCAAAAUUUAUUUGGGAUAAAGGAAAAACGAACAAUUGCAAACAUUUCGAAUGAAACUAAAAUAGGAAAUGUCAGCUCGAUUUUUCAGAAACUAAAAUCAAUAUCAAGAGAUUCAAAUUCGAGUGCGCAAAUUAUUGCAAGCGAAAUUCGCGGAUCAAAAAACAUAAAAGGCAACCCUGCUCCGUCCGAACAUCGUCAUAAAGCAGUCCAGAAUUCGAUAAAAACUAAUGAGAGCGACAGUAAUUCAAAGCUACAAUUAACAAAUGGCAGCGGAUCACAUAAAGGCAAAUUCAACAAAAAGGAGAAAAUUAGCGAAGCGCCGAUUACUCUGCAAAACCUCGAAAAAAAAUUACCAGAAACGAAAAGUCCAUUCAGUAAAGAUAUUACAGUAGACCGUAAUAAUUCUUUUGAUAAAAUUACAAAAUACAUUAAAGAAAAUGAAAAAACCGCCAACAACAAUGGAAUGACAGCAGAAUUAAAAGCAAAAAUGACGAAAAGAACAAAAAGCGCAUCGAUAUCAAAGAAAAAGAAGCGGCAGGACUCGCAUGAGCAAUCAAUUACGCAAAGUUCCUUCGCCCUGCCGCGUGACAGAUUGUGGCAGGGUAACGAGGACAUAAAAGAUGCUGCCAACGGAACGGAUCGAAUUACGGCGAUCGAAAACGUUUCAAUGAUUUCGACCGGCACCAACCCACAUCACGAACAGAUUAAAUCCACCCCAAAAACUUCGUUUGUUUCGACGGUCUCGACCGUACAAUCCACGACAACAACAAGCCUCGCAGGAACGACAAAUCGCCCGCUGUCAGCAGGAACAUUAAACCCUGCUGCAACAUCGACGACGCCGACGGUGGAGUCGUCUCGGUUAGUGCCGACGCGGGAGACAGCAGGAAGAGUCGCCGCCUCCCAUCUGUUAGACGGUCUGCGGCGGCUGACGACGACGGAAGCGGCGACUUCAAGACCGCCAAGAGACGGGGCGGGAUCGACAACCCCGCCGACGGUCACUGAAAGUCAAUCAGAUAUUACUGUAACCCAAAAACCGGACAAAACAACGACAAGCGUCUUCGGAAUCAUCAAAUAUCAAAACAAUACAUCCAAGAUAACCAAUCUGCCAAACGACCAAAAAACUCAUUUAGAAAACACAAACACCACAUCCACAUUCUUGAUUAAUCUGGUUUUGACAACCGAAGUGUCCGACAAAGAAGUCGACCAAAUAAUGGAUAUCUACAACAAAGUGGCGACAGAAAAACCUAUCAUCUUAAGCGAAAACGCCACUUUGAAUGCGAGCGCUAAAAUCCUAACGGAGAUGCCGUGGCCGGUGAAGAAGGAGGCCGUGGUCGAGGGGGAUUUGGUCCUUGGAGGACUAAUGAUGGUGCAUGAGCGGGAGGACAGCAUCACGUGUGGGCCGGUGAUGCCUCAGGGAGGCAUUCAGGCUCUGGAGGCGAUGCUGUACACGCUGGACAGGUUGAAUUACGCUCAGGAUCCCUUGCUGCCGAAUGUCACCAUCGGUGCGCAUAUACUGGAUGAUUGCGACAAGGAUACGUAUGGGUUGGAGAUGGCUGUCGAUUUUAUUAAAGCAAAACAUAUCAAAUAA